AUGAAGUCCCAAGCUGCUACUGAAAAACUUCAAACUUUUAUAAAACAGUUCAAAAUCUCUUUAGUUGUUGUACAGGAGCCUUUUGUCAAAGAAGAAAAAAUUGAUUUCUACAAACAAAAACUUGGUAUGCAAGAAUGUUUUGUGAAUACCAGUAAUAAAAUUUGGAUCUUUUGGAGCUCUGAGGUUAAAUGUGAUAUGUUUGCAAAUGAUGCUCAGAUGCUUACUUGCAAGGUCUGUGUUAAUCCGGCUGAUUCUGGAACUUUUGUAUCUUUUGUAUAUGCUAAAACUAGAUCAGCAGGUAGAAUUCAUCUAUGGGAACAUAUAAGAGCUUUUUCUUCCUCGAUGGUCUGUGGAGACUUUAACUGCAUAUUGGACCCUAAUGAGAAGAUAGGUGGAGUGCCUCAUAAGUUGAGUAAAAGUUUAGAAAUCAUAGAGUGUUUAGCUGACUGUGGUUUAUCAGAUAUGGGCUAUAAUGGGAGUCUAUAUACAUGGUGUAAUGAAAGGAAAGAGAAAGAAAUCAUAUGGAAAAGGGUGGAUAGGAUGGUUGCUAAUGAUGAAUUGGGAGCCAAAUUCACCUCUAUCUCUGUCCAACACUUGGCUAGAGUGAGUUCUGAUCACUGUCCUUUAUUUAUUACUCUUAAAGAUUAUCCUUCUAACACCAUCAGAUACUUCAAGUUCUUGAAUUUCUGGGUUGAGCAGGAAGGAUUUUAG